UCUCCCCUGCAUGGUGAUUAUGGGUGGAUCGGGUGAAGCAGUAGGUUUGUUUCAUGAGUUAGGGUUGUUGUGAAAGUAUGAAAGUGAUGUUAAGUUUGAAAGUUUGUACCUUUGUGUUGGCUUGAUGCAUUAAGAAUGCUUAAUGGAUAGACAGGAUAGCCUAGUUGCUGUUGAGGGUGUUUGAAGUUUAGCUCUGUUACUGAGUUGUGAUUUGGUUUUUUACAGAUGUCUGUGUUUGUUGCCCCUGUUUUUCAUCACGGUGGGAGACUAGAGAAAGAUUCAAAUGGAGUGUUACGCUAUGUAGAUGGGAAGAUUGAGAAAUUUCCACCGAUGGAUGUUGAUUUUGUCAACAAGAAGGACUUGGAAGAACUCUUCAGGGGAUUAGGUUAUCUGGAAUACUAAUAGGCCUAGAUGGUUGCUUCUUAAAAGGUUAUUACGGAGGGCAGCUCCUAACUGCAAUGGCACUUGAUGCUAACAACCAUGUAUUCGUUAUUGCAUAUGCUGUGACAAGAGCUGAAAACACAGAGAACUGGACGUGGUUCUUGACGCGGCUUCAGGAUGAUUUGGGAGACCAUCAAGUGCGCGGAUGGAAUCUGAUGUCCGACCAACAGAAGGGACUUAUGCGUGCAGCCAAGGAAGUCAUGCCCUAUGCACACCACAGAAAUUGUGUGCUGCAUAUUUGGAAGAAUCUUCAACAAAGGUUCAAUAACAAGCAGGUAAAGGGUCUGUUAUGGCAUGCUGCCAAGUGCACCACUCAGGUGCAGUUCAAAGCGGCAAUGGAAAAAUUUAAAAGUGUGUGCCAUGGAGGAUGGGAGUACAUGAAUCAAUUUGACCCAGCAGGGGGGUACAUGGGAGUACAUGGGAGUACAUGGGAGUUCAUGGAACGCAUCGUUUCAAAGGUGCAGGGGGCGAUUAGUCCUAAUUAUGUAGGACAAAAAUCCAGGUGGACAAGUGACUGA